GCAGAUGGAGAAAAGGACAUUGGCGGUUGGAGUAUGGACUUCAUACAAGUAUUUUGAAUUAUUUUCCAGUGUUGGAUUACAUGCAUAUGUACCCAUACAAAAUCAUAUGCUUCCAAACCAACGAGCAUGUUGUUCAUGUGUAGCACGUAGGCUAUCACCUAACCUAGUAGUAAAAGGACCAGUUUUGGGUUGCCAUAUUUUGCCUUGAUUUUUCCAACUGUACCCCCUGAUUUUUAGUCGCGCAGUGUAGCCUUGUUUGCUUGAUUGACUGGUGAUGAUGAUGCAUUGUUUUCAUUUAAAGGUCAUCAUUUUCAAUGUUGUAUCAUUUUUAUUUGAAUGUUAUCAUUUUUAGUGGCUAGUCGGGACAGUUUUUGUUUUGGACUGCUUUAUACAAGUUAUUACAACUUAGAGUGGAAAUUGCAUGUGAAUCAUGACAUUUCAAGGUUUACUAGUUACAUAUGGUUCUUGAACAGAUUCAACUUUUUGGUUUCUUUUGGAACAAUGGAAAGACCAAUUUCCUCCGGGCUACCUUCUCAAGGAAGUUUCUAUUGAUAAACCAUUUGAAGAAGAUGCUUGUUGCUGCCACUUCAACUUUGUCACAGGAAAAAUCGGGAGCCACAAUUAGGACUUGGUCUUGAAGUACCAAUGGUUUGUAGGAGAAAGAACUCCUUCAAAUUUUAUUGCCAUCCCAGAGGCCACAAGAGAGGUAAUGAUUUCUAACUAUGGUGUACUUGCCUAAGCACGAGGACAUUGGCAGAAUUCUGAAAGUCGAGUGCACACCGGUCCUUGAAGGGACCGAGUAUCCUACAAUAUUUGCUAUUUCAUCACAAGUUUCACCUGGAACUGGAUGGCCGAAGGUUUUGAAGAUUGAUGUGCGUGGGAAACUAAUGGAGGGAAACGCUAUUAGGGGAUACACUGAAGUUGCAUGGUGUGGUCGAACUCCAGGAAAAGGGGUUGCUAGGUAUGUCCCAAUUUUGUUACUUAUCAAGUAUUACUUCUUCAAUGUAAUGUCCCAAUUUCGUUACUUUUCAAGUAUUACUUCUUCAAUGUAA